AGCUGCCCAUGACCGUGAGGAAGUAGCUCUGCACUUCACCGGUCAUGACUGUGGUCGUGAACGUCCCGACUCCCCACUGUAAAUAAGACACGGAUCCGCGCUGCGCCAGUUGCGCAAGGAUGGCAGAGUUGGUGGAGGACACGUUGCCCGACGAGGAGAAGGAGUUCCAGAAGACCGUGGCUCUGAUCGGAGGAAAGGAGCGGAUUUACUUGGUCUGUGAUGUUCGUGAAAGUAAAGAGGAAGACGUGGAGGACGCCGGGAUCCUGAAGGAGUUCCUACGAGACAUGUUUCACGGCAGCAGCCAUGUGAAAAGCAACGGGCAGCCCCACUCCUCCUCCCCAGACAACCCAGAAGACACUGCGAGCCAGAACCACAUCUACAGCAAGACAGAGGCAGCUACGUGUAGUAAUGAAAUCCCUCUGGCAGAGAGGCCCAAAGAUUUGGAUGUAGGAGCUUGUCCGGUGGCACAGACGAGCUCCGGCGACAGCAAGGCGCGGUCUGCUCAGAGGACAGCGACGCGCAGGGCCGACAUUUCCAGCGUGAAGCGAGCGAUAGACUCAUCCAUCAUCAUCUUCAUCUUCAGAGAGACGUUUGUCGCCACAGACUCUAGCGAGCUGUGCGUAAAGGAGAUCCUGAAGGACGUCAGGGCGCGCACGAAGCGUGCCAGGAUCCCGCGGCCGGCUCUCAUUGGAUUAAUCCACGCCAGACAGGAGAGCGCCGAGACCCGCCGGUGCGCGCAGCUCCUGGAGAGUCUGAUCCGCUCAGUGUUCCAUAAACAUCCUCCGGAGACGAUAUGGAGCGACUGUUUCAUCCCGAACCGAGAGGCCAACAUGCUCAGCAUCAAGAGAAACACCUGCAGAGUGCUACACUCGUCCCAAACAGCAGAUAAUACCAGGAAUAGAGGGAACCCGCUUCUCUGGCCAUUCCAAUGUUUGUUCUGGCAUCGGAGAAGAGGAGGCGGCGGUCAGACCAACAACUCUACGAACAGCAGGCAAAGAGGUGACAGUCUAGAAGAAGGAAUCCCUCUGCAAAAAAACAAUUUUGUGACUGUUGGGCGUCAUGUGGACGGAGAACCACCUGGAGGUGACAGCUGAUGUCCGGACACGUGACCUUAUGGCUGCAGGCCUAUUGCUAUGGACAAUCCUGGUUUUACUGUGAAGUUGGCCUCAUGAUGCUGCAGCGCCUUAAAACAGGGAUUUCCUUAUGGUGCUCAAAAUCCCAAAUGCUGAGCCAACAUGAUUCCUGAAGCAGUCUAAUCUGUUGCCGUCUUGCUGAUUGUUGUUUAUGUAAAGAGCAGUAGAAGCUGAAACACAUUAACGUACGUUUUUUGGGGGGCAGAGACCUUCAGAUAGAGAUUUGUACGUUAGCUUAUUACAUUCUGAGACUGCACAAUAGUGGAAGUAGACAUUUUACAGCACAUUUACAACUUUAACAUGAUGCACAGUCGAAACACAGAACAUGAUUAACAACUGGGCAAUGAGGGCAACUGCUCCACGGGACCCCCAAACUCCAGGCGUACCGUUUAUCAACUGGUCUGUGCUAUAGUUGAAUUUUUUUUAUUUGUGCUCAUUAUCAUUUAUUUUGGAAAAUACCCCAUUAAAUCACAGUGUCAGCUGACAUGAUAAAGGUCUUUAUUAGUGUACCUGGCUGAAGCUCUAUCUUUUAAAGGGAGCUCUGUGUCAAAAUCUACUAUUUCCAGAUCCUUCCAAUAUGUUGGUUUUAGAUACAUGAAUUGAGCAUUUUAUUAGGAACACAUGUACACCUGGUUAUUAAUACAAUUUAUACACUAAUCCAAUCAUGUGGCAGCAGUUUAGUGGAUAAGAUCGUAUUCAUAUAAAACAUCAGAAACCAAAGGUAAAUGUGAUCAUGUGACUUUGACCACAGUCAGAAUUUGGCACCAACAGCGUGAAUCCAUGAACCCAACCUGCCUUAUGUCAACAGUUCUGGCUGUUGGUGCCACCAUGUGGGGAAAGUAUCCCAGUCGCAUUUAGAGCCAAACAGAUGCCAAUCAAUUGCGGUUUGAAUGCCAGUAACUAUGUUGAGUAUUGUUCCCUAUCAUGCGUAUGACAAUGUAGGAAAAUUAUCAACAUAAACCAUGAUAUCAAAAGAAUGAGAUCAAAUGGAGACCUUACCAGUAUUAGUGUGAUGUUCCUUAUGUAGUGCUGACUGAAUGUGUAAAUUGACAUACUUUCUGUUGUGUUAAGUUAUUGCAUAUCUAACCUGGAGCGCGAUCAAGUGAAGAAAAACUGUUUAACUGCACAGAAAACAGGAGUAACUGUGAAAAGGGGGCCCAACUUUUCUUAUUUUGACUGACCCUAGGAUUCUGUUUUCAGGAUUUGUGCCUUUACACGACUGCUAGUAUCAAUAGCCUUAUCUCUAACAGAAACUGCAUAGUCUGCUUUUCACUUUUUUAUGUAUUAAUGUAGUCUACAAACUGCCAGCGGUCUGUACAGUAAUAUAAAUAAAACCAUCCUGUGUAUCUCU